AUGAGCUGUGUAAGAGUUCCCAGAAAGGGGAUGGGAGUGGGAGACAUCAUUGACACUGGGGGACGCCGUCCCGCAGGGACCCUCCGGCAAGCCAUCGAAUCAACUGCCUGGAGGGACUUAGUUAAGUUAGCACCCUUUGACGGAUGUGUUCAAGAGUAUUGGGAUGUCAACGAGUCCUGCCAGUCCAAUAGCACUGGCUUCAAUUGUGCAGACCUUACCAAAAAACAUGUCUUGUUUCCGGAUUCGUUGCGGAUGAAGCUGGUUGAAGCGUGCCGAAAUCCAACUUCGGCCGCCUGGCGAGCAAUGGGCCACACAUUUGCCUCUACAUAG